ACAAUAGCCAUGCCAAAAUCCUUGGUUUUGGUUCCAGGCCAGGAAGGUCACCAAAGCGAAAAAAGUGACAAAACCACGGCAAAAAAUUGAGAUACAAAAAUCGACAAAUUAGACGAGUAAACAAGGCAAAAAACAGCUGCUGUGGGGGAGUGUGUUUAUGGGUGAGCGUGGAUUGGCGUCAUUUAUUCGUGUGUAUGUAGUUUAUUAGAACAUGCAAACAAGCAGUUCCAAUUACAACGACAUGCACUCAUCUAUUUUGAAAUGCCGUUCCCGUAGUGAGCGUUACGGGGGAGGAAAGUAACCGACUACACUGUCCAACAAGACAGGGGAGGAUAGGGUUGGCGGGCUAAUAAAGCGACUCAAUCCAGUUCUCUCAAUUUGAUGGCCACUGUGCACGGCACCCACACUCGCACGAAUCGCACACAAUGGCUUGUUUUAUGCGCAACAGCUGAUGUGCAAUAUUCUAUGCAUGUAAAGCUGCGGUCAGAAUAAGCGUAUGAAAGAAACAAAAUAAAUACAGUUAUCACUCGAAGCAAUAACAACAAAAGUCUUCAUGAUAAAAACCAAAACAUGUUAAGAAAAGACAAAAAAACCUUUUUUUUAACGAGUAGUGUUCAUAAAUGCCAUAAGAAAUAAUUUCCGAAAAAAAAUACAAUUUUUUAUAAACAUUCGUUAGAGAGCUCUGUAUCUACAAGCACAGCCUUAAUUCUAAAGCUUAAUUAACCAGUUUCGCGAUUGCAUAGUUGCGUUUAUUUUCAGUCAGCUGAUGUCAUUUGGCACAAAACAAGGUGAAGGGAAAAGUGCAAAUCUGCAGAUCUUCUACUUUUUAUUUCAUUUUUCUCGCAAAGACGGCUGGAAAAAAGCAACAAAAAAAAAAUCAAUAAUACUACUUAUGGUGAAAAGCGAAAAAUAAAAACAACAAGCCAAGCGCAAAUGCAAUAAAAAUCGGCAGCUGAUAGAUGCGCGUCAUAGGCCAAAAGAGAACAAAGAAACUCAAUUGGAGAGGCAAGUGUGCUGUGAGGGGGAGAAUGGGGGCCAGCGAAAUUUCUAAUCAGAAACAAAUAAAUAAGCCGCGCGGGUGAAUGGACGGAAAGACCAAAAUCAAUCAGUUUUAACAUUAUCAUUUGAUAAUGUAAUAAAAUUAAUACAUAUAUGAUUUAUACGUUUUUUAGAACAAUAGUAUUUUUUUUCUAAUAAAUCUGUAUAAAUUUUAAAAUUUAUUUGAGUUAGCUUAGUUUUUAUUUUGACAAUAACUUGAGAUUUAUAAAUUUCUUAAAACAAUCACUAUUAGCUAGAGAAUAGAGAGGCUUAAAAUUGUAUAACUGUUGUUAUUUAGUUUUUGGUAAAUUUUUGCAUUGUUAAUUUUUUUUUAUUUCCCCUUAGUUAUAUGAUUAAGGUUGUUUUUGUAAGAGUCACCAGUGUUUUUAAGAUUGAUGUUGAGUGCUUGAUAACUUGCAAUUGCUCGUUAAGCUUAAUUUCUGAUGCCAACGACCUGAAAUGCACUUUUAAAAUGCUGCGAAAAUGAAUGAUUAAUUUUCGAUGCGCCGUUCUUCGUAAAAUUGCUGUCCUCUACGUUUAUUUUUGUUAGUCACUGCGUUUGUUUACUAACAACGCGAAAACAAAAACAAAAACAAACUCAAGCAGCAACAUCAACAACAAGUGACCUCAACGCGCUAUCGCAUAAGCAUAACAAGGGGCAUAGAAACCUUGGGCCCCAUUUUUUAGCGACGGUUACGCCUUUGGCGGGAACUAGUUUUGGUUUCAAGAGAGGAGAUAAACAAAAUCUCAUAAAGCAACAACACGUGUUGCGCUCACAGAUCAAGCUGUUGUGGCAAGCGUAUCGCCAAGAGCGUGUCUUCAAGCCAAUUAUGUGCCAAAACUCAAAUGUAAUUACUCGCUGAGCCCAACCGGUUUUAAAUUUGGCGCUCAAAAAAUACGGUCCAUCAAAAUACCAAUUAGCAAAUCGAAUUUCAAACAUGUGGCAUCUCUGUAAAGUGCCCGAUAUGGCCACACUUGAAAAACACAGCAGCAGCAGCAACAACAACAACAAAGUUGAGAAUUUAACAAUAAUUGAUUUGCAGUUUGCAAUUAAAGUGAGAGCGAAAGCGAAAGCGAGAGCGAGAGAGAAAGUGCAUGGGCAAAAAUCGAUACGAGAAGCAUCGCCGAGAUGGAGCAGCGUGCCAAUUUCCUGGCCCUGACCCUUCUGGACGCUUUGGAGGACGAGAACGAAUCGGACAUAAUGUCGAUGCUGGAGCGGAAUAGCAUAAAUGCGGGCAUCGUGCCCUGCGAUCGCGGCCUGGCGCCCCUGCACUACGUGUGCGGCAUGCGAAACGCGCAGCUGGCCCAGCGCAUCCUGGAGCGGUUCCUCGAGAGCCCCGACCUCGACGUGGACGCCCUGUGCGAUGGCCAGACCACCGCGCUGCACAUCGCCAGCAUCUACGGGCGGGCGGAGCUGGUGAGGAUGCUGCUGGAGCGCGGCGCUCGAGCGGAUCUGGCCGACGAGGAGAACAAGCUGCCCGUGCACUAUGCCAUCGAGGAGUGCCACUUCGAGGUGCUGCAGCUGCUCCGGGAUCACAUCUGCCGCACGAGACAGCGCCAGAAGAUGCAGAAGCAGAAGCAGCGGGUGGACACACUCACCCCCAAUCAGCAGAGGUACAACCAUGACGUGACCUCGCCCUACUACAUCAACAUCACCCACAGGCGGCAUCGACCGCAGCCAAAGUUCCCGGAGACUGUGGAGCCCACGGAGACCGUAGGCGAUCCACCUCCCAUCCUGCCCGAUGAGGAGUCGGUGAACCUGUUCGCCCUGACCGAGGCCCAUCUCACCCAGCUCAUCCAGAGCCAGCGCGAGCAGCAGCCGGAGGAUCCCUACCAGCCAAAGCGGCGCACUCUCAUCGAGAACUGGCGCGAGAAGGUGGCACGAUCGCGGGCCCGCCAGUCCCUGUUCCACCAGUACGACGAGCAUGUGGAGGCCCUGGUGGACGAGGCCAUGGGGCAGGAGGACUUCCGCUACGAGCAGCACCUGCAGCAGCAGCUGCGGGGCGAGUCCGAUGCGAAGGUUCAGCUGGCGGAGGGUGCUCCCUGCUCGGGUCGCCAGGUGUUUGAGUUGCUGGUGGAGCAGGUUGCCCAGGCGGUGGUCGUGGAGCCAGAACCGGAACCGGAGCCAGAGCACAGUUUUUUCACAGCUCAGGGUGAGGAGGAGCCCUCUACGCGUCAGGAUGAGUACUUCCUGCAGAUAAAGGAGGCCUACGUCCACACGGACGACGAGAAUGGCUUGGUUUUCUACGAGGCAAAGUUCCUGCAGAACAGCGAGGGGCGGCAGCCUGCCGCGCCAGCUCCCACGGAGCAGAAACUCGAUCUGGACAGCAGCGUGAGCACGAAUCAUACCCUGCCGCUGGACUACGAAACGGACGCUCUGCGACGCGAGCUGACCCAGUUGGGAGCUCCGGUCGGCCCCAUUACCAAGACAACAAAGCGGCUGUACAUCAAGCAGCUGAUCAAGUACAAGAGGAACACGGAGGCGCUGCUUGCCGCCCAGAAGCAUGCCCAGGAGGCGCAGAUCCGUUACUCGGUGGAGCUGCAUCGCACGCUCCGAUCGCCGGCGGACUUCGCCAGGAUCAGCGACUACCUGCCCCAUGAGGCAGCCUCAGCGGCGCAUUUUGCCAAGUCCGGCAUGGCCAAGAAGAGUAUGCGCGAGGGCCAUCUCAAACAGAGUUUCAUCUACAUGCUCAUCGAUCCGCGCAUCUCGCGGAAUCUGCCGGGUGAGAGCGCCUUCCUGGAGGAGUUCGGGGUGUGGCAGCGGUUCCUCGACUCCAUUUUCUACGUGGGCAAGGGCAAGUCCUCGCGGCCGUACGCCCACCUCUACGAUGCCAUGCGCCAGCACACACGCCUCCACCAGAAGCGGGACAAGGAGAAGUCGAAGUCGAAGACGAAGUCGAAGGCGGAACGCGGCGGUGGAUUUCGCGCAUUGCAGCCGGAGGUUUUCCGAUCGCCACCACCUGGAGAUGGCAAGAUGGGGAGCCGGAAGCUCGAGCGCAUCCUGGACAUUUGGCAGCAUGGCAGCGGAGUCGUCUGUCUGCAUGUCUUCCACAACAUCUUGCCCAUUGAUGCGUACACCCGCGAGGCGUCCAUCAUCGACGCGUUGGGUUUGGCGCACCUCACCAACAUGAAGCGCGGCGAUUACUACGGACCCGCCCAGUCGUGGACGAUGAAACAGAAGAAGCAGCUGGGCAUCGCGCUGCUGCUCAAGGCCAUGCACAUCUACCUGGCGGAGGGAGAGUCCCAGCUGUCGCCCAGCGACCUCCUCUGAGAAGGGAUCCAAUGAAGGGUGGAACAGGAUCCGGCAAUAAGCACCAAGUACAAAGUGCAGCGGCGCAAUUCGAAAAUGUUCAAAGCUUGAUCUCAAGAUUGUCUAUUGUAGAAAAUGGAAAAGGGCACAGUAGACCAUCCUAAAUGGGAGACAAAAAUGCAGUUUUAACUUUUCAUUUUAAAUCUCCCAUUUUGAAUGGUCAACUAUGCCCUUUGCAUAAAAAUAUAUAUUUUAAAAUGUCAUUUUAACACAGUAAUUUUAAGCAAUAAAAAGUUA